AUGAAGAAUGUCUUCUCAGAUACAUCCUUCCUUGUUGAAACUCACGAGAUGAAGUCUUCCCUAAAACACGAGUUUUCUAUUCUCAACGAUAUCAUUUCUAAAUCCCUCUUGUCUAAGGCAUCCACUAAUGUUUAUUCCAAAAAGAUCUUUAAGAUGAUGGUGGCUAUAACUAGGGGAAUAGCCAUCAACUGGUCAAAAAUCCUCUUCGAUAACUUGGUGAAGAUGAUCUCUUCAGUAUGCUGCUCAGCGCAGCAUAAUGAUCGCUUAUCUAUGAGAAGAGCAAGGGAAAAUAGAAGAAUCAGCCUCAAAGGGCAUUAUGAUAUUGAUCUUCCUAAUGAUGUCAAAAAGGUGGAAAGAAUCGGCCUGCAAUUAAGGGGGAAGAUCAGAGAGUUAGAUAGAAGUUCAGAACAGGCAGUGUUAGAAUCGGGAUCGCCGAAGAAGGCUAGGGGUCUCGCUAGGGUGAACGCUUACACAACACGCAGAGGUAAAACCGAUUUUGUGCCUUUGAGUAGUAAAACCGAUUCUAUGCCUUUGAGCGAUAAAACUAAUUAUGUGCCUUUGAAUUGUAAAACCGAUUUUGUGCAUUUGAGUGGUAAAACCGAUUAUGUGCCUUUGAGUGGUAAAACUAAUUAUGUUUCGUUGAGGGGUAAAACCGAUUAUGUUCCUUUGAGCGGUAAAACUGAUUUUGUGCCUUUGAGCGGUAAAACCGAUUUUGUGCAUUUGAGCGGUAAAACCGAUUAUGUGCCUUUUUGCGGUAAAACCGAUUAUGUGCCUUUGAGCGGUAAAACCGAUUAUGUGCCUUUGAGCGGUAAAACCGAUUAUGUUCCUUUGAGAGGUAAAACCGAUUUUGUGCCUUUGAGCGGUAAAACCGAUUAUGAGCAUUUGACCGGUAAAACCGAUUAUGUGCCUUUGAGCGGUAAAACCAAUUAUGUGCCUUUGAGCGGUAAAAAGAUUUUGUGGCUUUGA